UCCCAUCUCUGUGCUGUGGAUGUGAUGGUAGGAUAUGACCUGCAUUCGAUAUCAGUGACGAACAGAGGCUGUGUUUCUGGAGUGCCGCUUGACCGUGCCCACUGUUCUAUGAUUCCCGGGUUUCUUUCCUGCGCUUCGCCCCCUAAUUUUCAGGACCACAAUUAGUGAAUUAGUUACCACUUUUCUGGCGCUGGAGCACAAACACCAGGGAAAGAUACUUUAUUUUAUGAUCGAAAAAAGGUCCUUGAUAUUACUCUAUGUUCGAUCUCGAAGCUUAGUAGCUGAGCGGCCGUCAGUUUCUGAAGCAGACUAGGCGGGCCAGUGAUUCAUAACUAGGCCUCGCCAUUCUCCACAAAGCACGCUGGUAGCGCCGAUGAUAACCAAGUCCGCCUAGCGACAUCGACUUAUCUCAGGCUGCAUGAUAUCGAGGUCCAAACCGUAGCCUUUUGAAUAUUGGUCUGGACGGGGCACUAUUGGCUUGUGCUCCCUUGGCUCUGCUUUUCCGCUGUCUCGAGAGCGUUAAUCAUUGGUAAUUGCCAUGCUCAUUGAAGAGAAAAUAAGCACUUGAAUUGUCUAGCCGCGAAUCAGCGGUUUCAAGCCUGAUACUCUUCAAGAAAAAACGAGAAGGCGAUUGCAAUGGGUCGCUCGGGGACUUUGCGAGCUGUUAUCAUUGAUCAUUACGAUUCAUACACAAACAAUCUCCUUCAAUUGCUCCAAAACACCUCGCGAGGAGCUGGAGAUGUGCCAUAUCCCGAAUGGAGUGUAGCUGUGGUUCGUUUUGAUCAGUUCUCAUGGGAUACGUUUAAGGACACCAUUUUACCUUCAUUGGAUGCGAUCAUCCUGUCUCCAGGACCUGGAACUCCAAAUAAAGAAUCUGAUUUUGGAUUUAACUCCAAGUUGAUUAAAGAAUCAAACAUCCCGAUUUUGGGCAUAUGUCUAGGACACCAGGGGAUUGGCACUACAUUCGGUGCCAAAAUCAUCCACACCCCUAAUAUCAAGCAUGGCCAAGUAUGCAGAAUCGGCCAUACAGAUGUUGGUAUAUUUAAAAAUCUUCCCCAGGAAUUCAAAGGGGUUAGGUAUAAUAGUUUGGUCUUGGACUCCAAAGACCUCCCAGACGAGCUAGAGCUUACAGCAUGGACAUUCGACCCUGAGGAUCCGUCAACAAGGGUUGUCAUGGGCGUUCAGCAUCGAAAUCGUCCGAUAUUUGGAACCCAAUGGCAUCCUGAGAGUGUGUGUUCGACGCAUGGCCAGCAGAUAAUCAAUAACUUCCGAAAUAUUGUUCUUCAGUUUUGGACUGGAAGUGGCUGGCCCCAGAGAUGUAUUGCCGAAAAUGCCUCUCUGCCCGAUUCCAUUCUCAACAAAGGUGCCAUCGUCAGGGAAGCCAGGGAGAUUAUCCUGGGAGAAAUCCCUCCGGCUCGUCGAGAUCAUCGUGCAGAUUCACGGCAUUAUUACAUCAAGUCGAUGGCCCUUGGAAGGGGACCUGCAGCACAGGUGGUAUUUGAUGCAGCCAUUCGCAACACUUCUGCAGACGGUGAGGCAUGGCUUGAUAGUGCAAGGGUCCGUGACGUACAUUCAAGGAAUUCCUACCUGGCCGCUGCAUCGUUGAAUCUCAGCUAUUCUUCCCGAUCUAAGAUCCUAUCUAUAUACCAGCGAGGAAAGCGACUGAAGUCUGAGCAGCUUCAAACCUCCUAUUGGGCAUGGCUAGAUCACUUCCAUUCAACGAUUAUUCAAAGAAAUGUCGACGUCCUUGACCCAAAGCUCCUUGACCAAGAAGCCGAGGUCGGCCAACCACUGUUCCAGGUGGGGUUAAUAGGCUACUUUGGCUAUGAAUUGAAGCGCGAAGCUCUGUCGGGUUACACUUACUCGCCUGAUAAACCAGGCCAGGAGAUGGACACACUCCCGGAUAGCCAGCACAUGCUAGCCACCAAUGUGCUUCGCCUGGACAAUUACACCGGAGAAUGGAAGUUAUUUAGCUUAAUUCGUCGCGGCCAGGAGGAUCCAAUCGGGGACUUUAUAAAUGCAUCUUCACCGGUUGGCCAAACGGAGGCUGAAUUUGACUCCCUGCUGACAUGGAUUAAGAGGGUAUUUGGCCCGGAUGACUCGCAUUCGCUUAGCACACCAAGCCCAUUACCAAGGUUUACGGCCCUGGACGACGAAGCAUCGUACAGCCAGAAGAUCCGGGCCGCACAGAAUGCCAUUAAGGAGGGCGAGGCGUAUGAGGUGACAAUCACGACAAAAUUCAAGGCAUCGUGUCCGGAUGUUGACCCAUACGCAUUAUAUCUCUCCCUUCGAGAACGUAACCCCGCCCCUUACUCAGCGUAUAUAGACUUCCGUGUCAACGAGACCACCAUACUCUCUUCGUCGCCCGAGAGGUUUAUCUCCAUAGAUGCUGAUGGCGUGGCUGAAAUGAAACCAAUAAAGGGAACCCUUGCCGUCAGCCCAGACAAAGAAGAAGACGAGCGGAGAAAACAUCAGUUAGCGACGGAUGUCAAGGAGCUCGCCGAGAACUUAAUGAUUGUCGAUCUUAUCCGCGCCGACCUCCACAACAUUUCUCCAUCAAAAUCAAUCAAGGUCCCGAAACUACUCCACGUUGAAAGUUACGAAACAGUACAUCAGCUCGUCACAACCAUUCAAUCCCACAUCGCCCCCAACGUCGGCGGCGUCCAGGUUCUCGAGCGAUGCUUCCCACCAGGAUCCAUGACGGGCGCUCCCAAACUCAGAGCCGUGCAAAUCCUCGACGGCCUGGAAGAGCACCGCGAGCGCGGCAUAUACUCCGGCAGUCUGGGCUAUCUAUGCGCCAGCGGCACCGUCGAUCAGUCGGUGGUUAUCCGUACGAUUGUAAAGUAUGGAAAGCAGCUUGAGCUAGGUGCUGGAGGGGCGAUUACUUGGCUCAGCGAGGCGGAUAAAGAAUGGGAUGAGGUCAUGGUGAAGGCGAAUGCUGUUGCUACGGCGCUGCCUAGAGAAUCGGCGCCAGAUGCUGGAUCUGCAUGUGCUUGCUGA